AUAGCCGUAAAGAACUGUUUGUGUCUGCACCGCCGGCAUCAGCAGUGUUUAUAAAGGCGCUUUGUGCAUCGCUAAUCCGCUCUGAUGUCACGGAGCAGAAGGAGGGGCUGAGCUCUCCGCUUUAAUCCGACCAAGUUGUCUGGAGUGACAAACAAACCAAGGCGAGCCGGGCAAGAAGGCACCGGGACAGGGGCGAUGCGCGCUGCAGCAGCCGGAGCCGGGCCUGUCCUCCUCUGACACGCAGGCUGUGCUGUGAGCUGGGUUACCUUGGAGACAAGAGGAGCAUGUUCUGAAAACCAGAGUCGAAUUACACCCCAGCCAUGAGCCACAAGUAUCAGGGAGAGGCGACUGGGGAAGCAGGCGAGGAGCACAAAGCUUCCUCAGUGCCUCAGAGAAGCAGGCAGCCCAAUGGGACCACUGGCGAAGCACCUGUGCGUCGAUCCUGGAGGCCGUGUCAGAUGCUCAACCAUGACGGGGAGAUGAAUCCUCACCAUCAUCACCACCACGAUCAUCAGCACCCUCCUCAUCACCAUCACCACCCACCUGCAGGCCGUGGUCCUCCUCGGCACCGCCGCCGCCCCCAGUCGGGAAAAGGACAGGGCCAAAGUCAGGCUCAGAGUCCUGGUGCUGUCCCAGCUGUGGUUCCCUCUAGGCCGGACAUCAGCGAAAGUCAAGGCACGGAGUCUCGUCCUGUACAGCAUCCCCGCCCUGCUGUCGCCCGCUACCGCCGUCAUGGUGAUCCUAACCCCAGGCUGAGAAAUCAAAGACAACGGCAGCCAUUCAGAGAGAUCCAUGACUCCUCACCUGUUUUGGAAGAGAGGGAAGGUCCAGCAGAGGUACAGGUGCAGCAGUGCUCAUCUGUUGAUCCUGUAACAGACCAAUCGCAGGACCGAGGAUCUCUUCACCCAACUCCUGUGGCUGUUGUUACCCCCACCCAUCUCUCACCUGGCCCUGUUUCCCAUACUUUGGAACUUCCUCAUGCUCCUGCUGAAGUUGAAGAGGACCUUCAGGAACAAAAGGAACAGUGCGUAGAGGAAUCUGAGAAUGUGCAAAAGAACGACAUAGAACAGGAACAAGUGGCGGAAGACUCAACCGCGGGUCAGUCCAUCUGCAGCCAUGAUGACAAAGCAGAAGAGUGCGCCGAAAGUGUGGAGGAGGAUCAAGAAGAAGUCACAGACCUUUUGCAGGAGGAUCCUGCAGCUCAGGGAAGUGAAAUCACAGAUCUUUGCUCUGACACAGAGAGUGCUGCAUCGCUCAGCAUGGAUGGGCCUCUCCACAGCCCACCGCCGCUCCAGUCGCCAACCCCACCUUCCUCCCCUGAUGUUCCACCUUUCCCCCAGUUGGACCACUUCAGUGAGGAUACGAGUAUGAGCCCUUUACCCGACAAUGACCUGCUUCCUGAAGAGGACGACGAGGAUUGCUCUGAGUCAUGCUCAUUGUCCCACUCCACUUCUUGCUCUGAUUCUUACCCGAAAACCUAUGCAGACUUUUAUACAGAGUCCCACCAAAGGUCUUACCCAGAGCCGGUUCACGAUUCAUACUCAGAACCAAAAUCCCACCCUAACUCUUUUCCUGAACCCCUUGAGAAAUCUUACCCUGAGUUACAAAAGGAACCUCGCAGGCUAUCUGGGCAGAGAACUGAGCCAAACAAGGCGCAGCUAGAGUCCCACCCUGAGCCCUUUUCCAGCCAUAGACAGGAGAAUGUACAAAAAGGGCCUCCCUCCUCCCCCACAGAGGGCUCCCAUUAUGUACCAAGGAGAGGCAGAGACCGCGGUUCACAUCACUCACCGCCGGACCGCUCUGUCGGCUGCCGACUGCACCACUACGACGGUCAGUCUGACGGUGAGGGCGACAGCGCCGAUCAAAGCCCCGUUCCCAAAAGUCGGAGACACGCACCCACACAAACAGGAACCCAAGCAAAGACGCAGUCGUCGGGGCACAUCAGUUCAGAGACUCCUGAUGAGCCAAAUGCCAUAGGUUUCUCAGGGGAGGAAGGCACAAAAGGCUCAGGAGAUGCUAUCAGCCUGGCAAUUAAAGACAUCAAGGAGGCGAUUGAGGGGGUGAAAACUAAGGCAGUGCGCUCCCCGUACACACCUGACCAGCCUGUCGAGCCGAUUUGGGUGAUGAGACAGGAGGUGAGCCCCACAGAGGAUGCGUACCCACUGCAAACUACAACUGGCCAUUCUUCUCCUCACUCCUCCUCUCAGUCUGCUCCUGAGUCUCCAACUCGCUAUGCCUCAGUUCCAGUUCGGGAUCCGAUCAGUCCCCUCAGAGCUGAGGCACCCAGAGCGCCUAAUCCCCAACAUUAUCCACAACAGCAGCCCCAACACAGCCAUCACCACCACCACCAACACCACCACCAAGGCCACCAGUUACAGCAGAGGGACGUUGCAAGGCCAUCGCAGGCAUACGCUCAAUCGCAGUCACAACCGCACGCACACAUGCCUUCUAAUCAGCAUCAGCAGUGUCAACAUCAGCACCAACAAGUGAAUCCACGAACACAAGCUCAGCCUCAGUCACCUCCUCAGAAGCCGUCUGCCCAGGACAUUCGUAGAUCUCUUCCCCCUUUUCCCACAUUUGUCGACGUCCCAGGACCAUGCGACCCUGAAGACCUUAUUGACGGCAUCAUCUUUGCCGCGACUUACCUGGGCUGCACUCACCUGCUCUCAGAGAGGACGCCCACAAAGAGCGCCCGCAUGCAGCAGGCCCAAGAAGCAAUGAGCAGAGUACGGGCGGCUCAGAAGCAGGCGAAGAACAGGAAGAAGAGCCCUGACAGCGAGGCUCCAUCCACUGCAGAGGUCGAUCUGUUCAUGUCCACGCAGAGGAUCAAAGUCCUCAAUGCAGACACUCAGGAGUCUUUAAUGGACCUGCCACUGAGGACGAUAUCAUACAUAGCCGACAUCGGUAACAUGGUCGUUCUGAUGGCCCGGGGGAAGAUGGUCCGGUCCCGCUCAGCGCAGGAGAACCUGGACCACACAGCUGAGCAGACCACCAUGACCCAAGACGACAGGCGGCUGUACAGGAUGAUCUGCCACGUCUUCGAGUCCGAGGAUGCCCAGCUGAUAGCCCAGUCCAUCGGACAGUCCUUCAGCGUUGCCUACCAGGAGUUCCUCAGGGCCAACGGCAUCGACCCAGAGGACCUGAGCCAGAGAGAGUACAGCGACCUGCUCAACACUCAAGACAUGUACAACGACGACCUCAUCCACUUCUCCAAGUCAGAGAACUGUAGAGAUGUUUACAUCGAGAAGCAAAAAGGCGAGAUCCUGGGUGUGGUGAUAGUAGAGUCCGGCUGGGGGUCCAUCCUCCCCACCGUCAUCAUCGCCAGCAUGAUGCACGGUGGCCCCGCGGAGAAGUCUGGCCGACUGAACAUCGGAGAUCAGAUCAUGACCAUAAAUGGGACGAGUCUGGUGGGUUUACCUCUCAGCACCUGCCAGAGCAUCAUCAAGGGUCUGAAGUCUCAGUCCAGGAUCAAGAUGAACAUCGUCAGGUGUCCCCCCGUCACCAUGGUGCUCAUUCGCAGGCCCGACCUGAGAUACCAGCUGGGCUUCAGCGUCCAGAACGGCAUCAUCUGCAGCCUGAUGAGGGGAGGCAUCGCUGAGAGAGGAGGCGUCCGGGUCGGCCACCGCAUCAUCGAGAUCAACAGCCAGAGCGUGGUGGCGACUCCUCACGAGAAGAUCGUUCAGAUCCUGUCUAAUGCCAUGGGAGAGAUCCACAUGAAGACAAUGCCUGCAGCCAUGUACCGUCUGCUGACAGCACAGGAGCAACCUGUCUACAUCUGAACGCACAAACACACACACACACUACACGCCACUCCGUUCGCCACAUUACCCCCCACCCCACCCCGUCUUUACUACUGUCCAUCCAGCUUUCAGUUGUGUUACCCCCCUCCCUCCAUUUCCUGUUUACUAUCACUUGCCUUAAUCUGUACAGUUGACUGUCCUGUAAACAUGUACACCUACAGUACGACAGCAGAAGGCAGAUUAUCUCACCGGGCCGAGUGUUAAUGUGACGUUUUUAUGUUCUACCAAAGAUAAAUCGUGGAUUUUCUCGUGCAUAUUUAGGUGACGAACAGAGUCACUGUUAGCUUUGGUUGAGUAGCUGUAAUCUCUGAAUGUACUCAUGUUGGACCUAUAGAUGAUCAGGGCGACCCGAGUGAUGAAGAAGGUUAAGGCGGUCACGUUAAAGGGGAAUGCAUGUAUAAUUCUGGUGAAUAAACGGAGGAUGAAAAAAAAGCACCGUGGUGUGUUCUGUUCAACGGGAAAUGGAAAUGACGAUUCAAUUGUAAAUAUGUUCAUUUUACUGAUAUUGUAAUGUUGUGGUUUCUCAUUUGACUACUGAGCUUAGUGUCAUGUACAAACGACUUUACUUUAAUUUCAUAUCUUUAUUUUGCAGCAUACAGACACUAGGGCCUCCACAGGUCACUUUAGAUGCUUAAUAAGUAUAUAUAAACUAAGCUACAUCAGCUUUCUUCCCCGUAUGUUUUUUGUGGUGACAGGUUGGUCUGGAGCCGCUCCACUCAGAACUGAUGAUGAUAAUGGAGUUAAAUUAGUCUCCAACAAAACAAAAGUGUCACUUUGACAAAGACACGGUGUAAAAAAAGAUUUAUUUAUUAGAAUAAACCAAGACUCUCGUGUAACACUCAGAAGAUGACAAAUUAAAAAAAAGAAAAAGAAAAA